UGACUUUCUGCAGAUUAAUAAUUCUCACAUUUUUUGAUGGAACCAGAUAACCAGACGUGGGUGAGUGCAUUUAUCCUCCUUGGCUUGUCCAGUGACUGGGACACUCAGGUCUCUCUCUUUGUCCUGUUCUUGAUCAUGUACCUGGUGACUGUGCUGGGGAACUUUCUCAUUGUUCUUUUGAUCAGACUGGACAGCCAACUUCGCACUCCCAUGUAUUUCUUUCUCACCAACCUCUCCCUUGUUGAUGUCUCCUAUGCCACAAGCAUAGUCCCUCAACUGCUGGCACAUUUUCUUACAGAACAUAAAGUCAUCCCGUUCCUGAGCUGUGCUGCCCAGCUAUUUUUCUCCCUGGCCUUGGGUGGGAUUGAGUUUAUUCUACUGGCAGUGAUGGCCUAUGACCGUUAUGUGGCAGUGUGUGACCCCCUGAGGUAUGUGGUCAUCAUGCAUGGAGGGUUGUGUGCUAGGUUGGCCAUCAUAUCCUGGGUCUGUGGCUCCAUUAACUCUCUUGUGCAUACUGUCAUCACCUUUCAGCUACCCAUGUACACUAACAAGUAUAUUGACCAUAUAUCCUGUGAAAUCCUGGCUGUGAUCAGGCUGGCUUCUGUGGAUACUUCCUCCAAUGAGGUCACCAUCACGGUCUCUAGCAUUGUCCUUCUGAUGACACCCUUCUGCCUGGUUCUUUUGUCCUACAUCCGGAUCAUCUCCACCAUCCUAAAGAUCCAGUCCAGAGAGGGAAGGAAGAAAGCCUUCCACACCUGUGCCUCUCACCUCAUGGUGGUUGCCCUUUGCUAUGGCAUGGCCAUUUUCACUUACCUCCAGCCCCACUCUAGUCCCUCUGUUCUUCAAGAGAAGUUAAUCUCGCUCUUCUAUGCCAUUUUGACACCCAUGCUGAACCCUAUGAUUUAUAGUUUAAGGAAUAAGGAGGUGAAGGGGGCCUGGCAGAAACUAUUAGGAAAACUCUCAGGGUUAACAUCAAAAUUGGCAACGUGAUGUCUCACAAGUAUCAUUUAGAAAAAAGAGCUUUGCCUCAGUGUUCUUCAUCCCAAUGAGAUGUGACAGGCUUAAACCGCAUUGCCCU